CAUCUGAAUAAAGAACCACAAAUUUCAACAUGCAUUGUGCGGUCGUGAGCCCUUCUUCUUAUUAGUUCCUCUCCGCCGUACAUAUUUCUCCAUGUCUCCAAAUUCUAGCAAAAUAGUAGUGUUAUUGGGCGCGUCAACAUCGUUACUAAGUAUACUAAGUAUAAUACAAUAUGCAACAAACACUAUAGCACUAUAUCAACACGGAAAUCCAAACUAAGUAGCCGACAAUCGGUCAACUAUAAGGAUGAGAGGUUCAUUUACCGUUCAGUGAGAAACUCUAUCUCUAUAGAGGAAAGAUAAGGAGAAAGAGAGAGAGAAAGGGAUUGGACGCGCCGAUUCGACAACGACAGUCUCGAUUCCGGCCUCCAGAAACCCUUAAACGAGGAGAUAUAUUUAGAAUCGGUCAUCAUGAGUAUCGCACCUCUCCCCGGAAUUCAACCCAUCAUUAUGUCGCGGCCACAAAUCGGCAUCGAGCGAUUACCAAGUCGUCGUAUGGGCAACGAGCCACGAGAAGCAAUGAAUUGCAAGUCAUGUCGGAAGCGGAAAAUUAAAUGCAAUCGAAUGCGUCCAUCCUGCGAAGCUUGUCAAGUCUUCCAAUGCCCAUGUAUCUACGACGCUAUACCAAAAAAACGAGGCCCCAAGACAGAUGUAUUGGAGGCAUUGCUAAAGAGGGUGGAUGGCUUAGAAGCUCAGCUCAAAGAUCAUAGAAAGGCCGAUGCUUCACCAACCACUGAAAAUCUUCCGCAUGUUAGUACGGAAGAAACGUCUCCUAGUGCCAGACUGGCAGCAGACGAUUCAGAUUCUGGGCCAAAAUCAAAGCGUCCAACUCUAGACAUUUCUCGAGCAACGGAGAUAGCUUCUGAAUCUGCUAUAUACUCACCUUCGAUUUCCAGCGAGCCCUCCCCUGGCGUACAGAUAGAUACGCUCCUUGACACGUACUUUUCUCGGUUCCAUGCGAAACCCUACCAUAUCCUUGAUGAAUCGUCGGUGAGACAACGGCUACAACUCAACCAAUUGCCUAGUUACUUAAUAUAUGCCAUAUAUUCCGUCGCUGCUAGAUACACAACGCACCCUGGUGGAUGUCAGUCCGCUGCUAAGUUGAGUGAGGAGUAUGCGUUACGAUCAAGGGGUGGGAUUGAUGCAGACGAGCCAUCCAUCGAUGCUCUUCAAGCUCUCCUUCUCCUCGUCACCGCGUUUACGGCAGCAGGCAAGGGUAAAAAGGCAUAUAUGCUCCUAACAAUUGCCAUUGGAAUGGCCAUGGCCCUUGAGUUACACCGGGAGGUAAAUCUACAAGCUAGGAUAACAGCCGUGGAACGUGAAAUGAGAAGACGCUUGUUUUGGACUUGUUAUCUUCUCGAUAGAUUCAUGACAUGUGGAUCAAAACGCUCCUGUCUUAUCAGCGACAGGACUAUUCUUCUACGCCUUCCGUGCUGGUCUCCGAAUCCAUCCAGUUUACCUGUCGAAGGAGACUUUUUUCAGAACGGAUCGAACCUUCAACACCUACAAGGUAACAGCAGGAAGUCUCAGGGGAGCAGCGGAAUGCUCAUCGACAUCAGCCGUAUUCUGGGAAUUACAAAUAGAUAUCUUGCAGCGGGAGGUGUAAAAGGCGAUUCUCACUUCCCCUGGCACGCCCUUUCUGAACUUUCCAAAAUCAGGCAAGAUCUCGAUAUAUGGGCCUCGGGGACUGCCGACGUCUUCUCGAGUGUAGAUACCCUAUUCGGGCAACCUGAUUCGACUGUUCUUGUUCUCGGCAAACUCGUCUACCACCUAAUUCAUUGUCUUAUUUACAGACCCUUCCUCCCAAUUGACCUUGCGGAAUUGGCUGGGACGGGCCAACAUCAAUCUUGGCAAAUAGAAGCCACUAACAUAUGUUUCUUGCAUGCCAAUGCGAUUGCUGAGUUGGUCGAGCUCGGCAGACAGAUGCCAUCCAUCGAAUGGCCCGCUUUUGUUGGCUAUUGUAUCUGCACCGCAGGUACAGUUCAUAUACAUGGGACACAUUACAGCAAGAACGGAGGGGGAGAAUCUAUGAGUGUUCUAUCAUCAUCGUCGGAGUUCCUAUCCCGAGAACUGCAGCAACUAAGCGAGCUGAGUUAUACUUGGGCGAGUGUGCAACACCAACGCGACGCCUUGCAAAGCAUAUACAGUGCCCACGCCGAACUAGUCAAGGGUCUUGCUAACAGUUCAAUGCGCUAUUCACCGGCUUUCAAUCUCGAAGACUUCUUUGACCGCUACUCGAAUAUUAGCAGGCCAGGAGGUCGUCCGUUUACGUUCGACGCUACCAAUCUUAGCCUUUCGGAUAUCGCUACUAAUUUCGCCACGGAUACCUACUCAGGACCUGAUUUGUAUUCGCCGCCUAUCAAUACUGAUUUCGAACGGCCAAAUCUAAAGCGAAAGAAUACUGCUCUUAGCCAAAGACGACCCGACAUAAGUUUAACCUCAGUUAACGUAGCUAACAACAGACCCCUAACUCCUGGACUGCCUACCCCUGGAGCCCAUCCCCGGCACUUCUCUUUCUCUGCAGCCCCCCAUACAUCAUCUAUGAUUCACACGUCCAGCUCAUUGCUUCCCUACACAGAUAGUCCAUCCAGUAGUACUACCCUAUCAGUGCAACAACGACGCGAAACGGUCAGUAAUAAUCAGGCUGCUAGCGCUGCCGCCACCGGAGCUACAGGAGCUGGGUUCAAUCCAGCAUCCUACCAGCCGACCCAGUCGCAAAUAGAAGCCAUGUCGACGGUCCCCUUCUCCCCCUCGUAUCAAUACGCGACUCCCAGCCCGAGUGGCGACAACGAAAGCAACUUCGGCAUCGCUAGCUACGACCCGAUGUUCGGAACCGUACCAACCAACACCUUCUCCUCCCCCACGCCCUGGCACGGCGAAGAAGACCCCCGCAAGCCGCCGUUGCACCUAGCCGCCGUCCCGAGCCCAGGAGCGGGCAGCCAUAACGGCAGCCCGACUACUGCUCCUGGGGAGGACAAAGACCCGUUCUUGAGCUUGCUGGAACAGCUUGCGGAAAACGAGCAUGCUAUUGGGCAGGGCAAGGAGAUUGAUUUUUUCCUGGCGGGGGCGCAGGGGUGAGGCAAGCGAAUGCUUUAGGGCCCGUCUAUUUGCCAUGGUAUUGAUGUGGCGAGGCGAGGCUGGCUUAUAUGGCGGGGUUGGAGUUAAACCGGCAUUCGGACGAGCUCUGCGGUGGGGUGGAUUGGUGUUUAUUUACGACAGUGUACCAUAUGGUUGGUCCAAUAUUGAUUUAGUGGUACUUCAUCAGCGAGCGAGCGAUCUGGGAGAUGUCACGACUUUUUAUAUUUUAUUCAUGUUUGACAGGCAUCCUGUCUGUGUAAUUAGUUAUGUGAUAUGGGGUUCAGGAAGAUGUGUAACGAAGAAAAGAAAGUAUGUAUUUAUAGGCUCGGGAAAAUAGGGGGCGGCGUACAUAGUAUAUAUGAGCCGCGCUUUGGUUAGGUAGAGCGAUAGUUUGACGUGGGUGUGUAGUCCUUGGUGAUUGAUUUCUGAUGUAUAUAGCAGUGUGGUUCUAUUAUAUAUUAUGUUAGGUAGCUUAGAUGAAGUUGUACCCAAUGGUCAUGUCUUUGGUAGCACUUUAACAUCUAGGUACCUCAGGUAUGUAUAUAUCCAUAACUACCUAGACUACC